GCCGCGCAACUCUCCACCUCCGCCCGCGUCUCUCCCACAAUGAGCCGCAACAGCCGCAAGAGCCAUGAACUCCGGCCGCUCUGACGCUCCCUAUCUGGCCCCUCUCCCAGACUCCACCACCGGCGUUCUCCCCGUCCUCCCGCCUGGCGUCGACCUGCCCGAUCGCAACCCUCGGAACAAUGCCGCAACAGCCGCCUCGGCAGCCGGAGUCCGGGCGCUCAGCGCUCAGCUCGUCGCCUUCUACUUCCGCGCCCCGGCCAAGUCCUUCUUCCGCACCAGAGUCGACUACCUGGCGUAUGCCCGCACGAUCCACCAGCAGCACACGAAGAAGCUGAUGCAGGCCGUGGCGGACGAUGCAUCACCGUCGAAGCUGGUGGCGGCGCUCAGGCAGACGUGGCUCUGGAUGCGGAGCACGACCCCCGGCGUAUUGACCUCGGCUAUCCGCCAUGAGGGCUGGAGCAUCGUGCCGAAUCAGAUCCUGCCGCCGCUGAUUGCCAAUAUCGGUGUCAACGCCGUGCUGUAUACGGGAUACUUGCAGAUUCUCGGCCAUCUGCAUGAAGAGAGUUCCAAGGCUAGCAAGCGGGUGUAUCCUCCGCCGCCGCCGCAAGCCACGUUCAUGGCUGGGUUUCUCGCAGGCGGGCUGCAGAGUGUUCUGGCGGCACCGCUGGACGCCCUACAGGCGCGUUACGACCAUCGGGACAUGAUGCCCAACGACGGCAGUGGACGGCCGCGGAGCAUGUGGACUUUCAGUGCUGAAAAGCUGAGGGAAAUCGGCAUGCGGGGCAUAUUCGCGGGAUGGGGCUUAUCCUUUGUAAAGGACAGCGUUGGAUGCGCCAUCUUCUUCAGCACGUUCGAGUAUAUCAAGGCCCAGGCGUACUACCGCUUCGUGACGUGGUACUACGGGGGCCUGGAGGAGGACAUUGUCGACCUUCUUGCUAUAAAGCGUCCAACUGAUAGACCAAAAGACGGCAUCCAACUCAUUCGGCCACACUAUGCUAUAGAGCCCAUGUUUCUCAUGGCCGCCGGAAUCAGCGCUUCGUUUGCUCAACAAGUUGUUCUUCACCCUCUUACGCACUUCCAGGUCAAGCACUGGGACCACUUGGAGGAAGUGGAUGCAAAAGCUGCGCGAAUCCGGGAAUUGCGCGUUGCCAACCCCGACCGGCCUCGGCCACGGUGGAAGAUGCUCCGGGCGUACUACCGCGCAUACCAGGAGACGUGGGCAGUGUGCACCGCUGAAGCAUCGGCGGAGGGAAUGAAGUUGACCAAAUGGUUAUACCGGGGCUUCUGGUGGAACACGAUCCGCCAGGUGCCGAGCACAAGUGCCGGGCUCAUCAUCUUUGAGCUCAUUCGGCGCAAAUACGGAUUCGGCAUGGAGGAGGUCAGGAUCACCAAGGACGGGUACGACCUUUUGCUGCAUUAGAGGAUGUCUCACAUGUAAGUUUAUACAAGAGUACCUAUAUAUACUCAUACAUCUCGGGUAGACGGAUGCAAUAGAUUACACCACUUCACUUUGAAUAUCUCUGUUGACGUUCCCAGUUC